AUGGAUCGUCGAACAUUUGAAGGCCCAAUGGACUGGGAAUACCAGCACGCGCCUCCGGUUGAUGCCUCAAGUCCUUUCGCAAAAAUUACCCAAAGGCCACCGAUGCCCUCUUUUGAGUCGCCCUCGCGAUUUGGCCGAGAAAAUCCUAACAUGUUCGCUGCGCCCGCUGCUCCCAGAAGCUCCCCAUUCAAGCAACAGGGCCAGCCACGACCUCCUCACGCAUCAUUCUUCAAGCCUCAGCUGCAGAACAGACCGUCGGCUCCGCAGUUUCGGAAUCCCGCCUUCACAACACCACAGAAGCGCUUGGACGAGCUCGUCUUCUCCGAGUACUCUGGCGCCGAGUCAAGCCCCGCCAUGACUGAUGCAUCGGAGGCGCCGCCAGACACGCCCGACAUUGACCGAGACGAAGAUUUUGGGAAAAUGACUAUCACACCGCAUUCUGCCGGCAAGGGACUCUUUAGCAAGAGCAUGCAGCGGAGUCGCACGCCAGGGAGAGGCGAAAUUGUCCGAGGGAACAGAGACAAGGUCAGGAAGCGCAAGCGCCUGCAAGGUGACAGAGACGUUGGCACCGGGCGAGCUCGAUUGGCCCACGCUUCCGACGACUCAGACAGCGACUGGGAAGAGGGAUCAAACUCAGGAGCACGCAAGUAUGGAAAGGGCAAGGGAUCCGGGCGUGGCUGGUUUAGUGGAUUCCUUGCCGCGGUCAGCGACCACCCCAGCGCUCCAGCAAUCUUGUCCAAGUGGCUUCAGCUUGGCGUUAAUGUCGUCCUUCUCAGCCUCAUUCUCUUUGGCAUUCUCGCCAUCCUGUCACAGGUGCGGUCCGACCUGUCGCAUGCGAGCGAAAAGGCGCGAGCCGCUAUUGCCAGUGAAAUGGCGCUGUGCGCCGACCACUACGUCAAGAACAACUGCUCUCCAAAGAAUGGCCGCCCCCCGGCCCUCGAUGGUCCCUGCAAUGAAUGGGAGUCUUGUAUGAACCAAGAUGCGAUGGCCGUUAUGAAGGUUCAGAUUUCUGCCAGGAACAUCGCCGAGAUCAUGAACGAGUUUGUGGGAGUCAUCACUAUCAAGACUUGGGGCUUCAUCUUGUCUCUCUUCCUGGUCACCGUGGUUGCCAGCAACGUGGGCUUCGGGUUUCUUCGCGAGUCGACGCUGGCCAACGCCCACGCGCAUGCCAUGAGGCCAGCGGAGCCUCUCCAUUCGCAGCCAGCUGGACUUCCAAUGCUUGGGUCUCAGAUGCAUGACCCUCACCAGGCCUACAUCUGGGCCCCUAUCAGUGAGACCCCUCGCCACGUCCGGCGCAACCUAUUCGUCGACGACGGGACCGACACGGAGAACUCUCCAGAAGUGAAAUCCAUUAUGCCGCCGCAGACACCAUCGGGCAGGCGAAGCCCAAGCAAAGGCGAGAGAGGACGGAGUCCCUCUAAGGGGUCCAAGACCAGCAGGGGCUACUAG